AAUAUUUUCUUUAUUAGUGUGUGCCCCUAACCCUGUUUGUCAUGGUGUUGUGCUGAAUGAAAUGUGCAGAUUUCACCCACAUUUCCCAGUCCUGAACCACGAAACGCAGCACUAAAUGGAAACCCACGCUCUCAAACACACACAAAUCCCCACAGAGACUCUCCAUCUGUCGGUAAGAUUUUCGGUAGGGGUCGCUAAUGUCCGUGUGAAAGCAGCAGUGUCGGAGUCUCCGGCUCCACUGCUCAUCAGCCCCCCCUCAGACUGGGAUUUCUUCCUCCGCUCGGCUUCAUCUGCAGCGCUCUGUCUUCUGGAAACUUACCGCUGGACACGGAGCUUGGUCUGGAAGCGCGCGGAGCUUUUACAACCUGAGGACGGGACCAUCAUGCGUUACUUCUGGAUACACACCGCGUGGAUCACCGGCGCCGCUUUCCUGCUUGGAUUUCAAGGAUUCCCCGUCCGGAGUGUGGAUAUGCAGCGUGCCACCGACAACAUCACCAUCCGCCAGGGCGACACAGCGAUUAUAAGGUGUUAUGUUGAUGACAAAGUGUCCAAGGUAGCCUGGCUCAAUCGAUCCAACAUCAUUUUUGCCGGAGAGGACAAGUGGUCCCUGGACCCCAGGGUAGACCUGGUCACUAAAGGGCAGCUGGAGUACAGCCUACGCAUACAAAAGGUGGAUGUGUACGAUGAGGGCUCAUACACCUGCUCCAUACAGACUAAGCAGCAGCCAAAGACCUCACAGGUCUACCUUAUUGUACAAGUUCCAGCCAACAUCUACAAGGUGUCAGAAGACAUCCUCGUGAAUGAAGGCAGCAACGUGACACUCAGUUGUUUGGCAACCGGCAGGCCGGACCCUGCAAUCACCUGGCGGCUGCUGAACCCCUCAGCGGAGCCAUUAGAUGGAGAAGAAUAUCUGGACAUUACAGGCAUCAUGCGAAACCAAGCGGGUCGUUAUGAAUGCAAGGCCAGCAACGAUGUCGCCACGCCGGAUGUCAAAUAUGUCAAUGUGAUUGUCAACUACCCCCCGGCAAUAAAGAAAACCCUGAGUUCUGAGACUACUGUUGGCCGCAUGGGGAUGCUGCAGUGCGAGGCUGUUGCUGUACCCACACCGGAGUUUGAAUGGUACAGAGAUGAAAAAAGGCUGUCUAAUACCCAAGGUAUUAAUAUCCAAAUUCUGGGUACUACUACUGUUCUCAUGAUUACCAAUGUCACUGAAGAGGAUUACGGGAACUACACCUGUGUGGCCUCAAACCGACUGGGUGCCCAGAGUGCCAGCCUUUUCCUCUUUAGACCCGGUACAGGUGGAAACAUCAAUGGCUCUGCCUGUGUAUCUCAAUCACUGUGGCUCCUGCUGGCCUCCUUCGCCUGCCUUUUUCUCAAGUGUUAAUACCACUCUCCCGCCUUUGCCUCUUCUUCUUUCCUUCUCGGCCGUUCUUCCCUCCACCCCUCCUUCCAACUCCUCUCCAACUCACCAACAUCCUUAUCGCUACCUUAUUACCAACUCAACCGCCUCCCCCCCUCUUUCCAGACUAUUUGCAUCAUGUUACAAAAACCUUCUGUGCUCUCAAGCACUGCUUACAGAAAUUAUGAAAAACGAUGGGUUAUGAGUAAAAUGUUUAAGGAACAAACAAAAAAAUUUAAAAUGAAGGACAGAGCAAGCAAACAGUGCUCUUUUAAAGAAUUUUAAUUUGUAUGCACUUCUUUGUUUCUGCUAUAUCUUGUCAUCGGGUCUAGAUCGGGCUUGGAUUUGAUGUGUAUUUUUAUUUUUUCUCUCUUUCUUCAUGGGAAUAAAAACAGAGGCACCUCAGCCAUAGGGAUGCCAACAAUCAGCUGUCUCUAGAGGAAUAUGACAAAUAUUUCUUCUUACUCCCAUGAAUGCAUUACUAUAAGUUAACUUAAAGUAUAGCUCUAACCGUGUGUUUAACCAGUGCAUUAAUGAGCAACAUGCAAAGUAUCUGCCAAAUAUACAGAGAUUUAAACUUAACAUGCAAAAGCAAGGGAAAACUGCUGCAGCUGACUUCCAGAUGAGAUUAGAGCUUGGUAUUUAAGUCUGUACAACCAUAAUCUGAUGCUACUAGGCUAAAACACAGAUAUAGAGCAUUAGCUAGAUAAUUCUCCAGUUAAUGGCAUUUGGGCUGCAGCAGUCGAGCCCAGAUAUCGAGGAUGCAGUAAAAGGAAUCGACCCAGUCCUGAGCUAAACCACAGAGUACAAACCUGAGGAAAAUCCUUUGUACAGAUACAUCCUCAUUCAGUGGCUUUGCAACCACUCGCCUUUAUUCCAAAAGAUAGGAACUUUUUCUUUUCUUUUUUUUUUAAAUGGACAUAAAAAGAAAACAAAAAUAAACAACACAGUAUGUGAAAGUGAUGCGUACUGUACAUAAAGUUAAAUUUUGUAUUUCUUUAUUAAAAGACUAACUUUUCUGCCACUGUAACACCAGGAAACAGAAAACCGUUGCAGUGUGUGCUUUUAGUUGAUGAGUUUAAGCCUCGUUCUGCUAUUCAGCUGGAAUUUGGAUAAAAAUGUAUGACACCAAUGAAUGACUUACCUUUUAGUUUUUCUCAAAAAGUAUGUGUUUUAAUAUGAAAUGGUACAAAAGCAUUCAUGAUAUAUUGAUAUUAAAAGAUUCUUUUUUCUGUCUUUACCUCAUUGAUUUUAGUUGUCUGUAUUUAUACUGUAUACUUGAAUCAAACAUCCUCAUAUAUAUGAAAAGGAAAAUUUUCUGUGUCAAUGUUUCUGAAUAGGGUAGAAAAUUAUUAAGGAGUAAUGGCUUGCAGAUGUUUUGAACUAGAAGCCUGCUCCAUUAACCGAAGUGAUGUAAAGAAAAAGGCCGAAAACACACAGCAGAUCGCUCUAAGCAGGUAUUAUUGUACGUAUCUUUACAAUGAGUCAAGCAUUAGCUGGCGUGAUGUUAACAAAUGGAGUGCUAUGGUUAGCUUAUAAUACUCCUCCAUAAUCCUGGAAUCAAAUAAAAAAAACUAACAAACACUGAAUGGAAUUCCCCUCAGUGGCCAACAAGGCCAUUUUGUUGAAGGUUUUUAAUAACAUAAUCACAAAUUUUUGUCUUCACAGCUUUGCCAAUGCUUUGGUUGAUCUUUACAUUAAUUUCUGUGUGAAGAAAAUGAGUAAAUGAGAAUUGUGAGUGUCAGUAUUUUGUAAACCUCACAAAAGCAUCUUUCAAAAAAUGCAGCUCUUACAUGAAGCAGAAUUGGAAACGCGGCUGUGGAUGAGCCAUUCUCUGACAUUUAUUUUGGCCUAUUGUAUAGUGACUGAAUGCGGACUCUACGACUGGAUGUGCGUUCAUGUCUCUGCUCUUCAAACAACCAAGCAGGGGCCGGUGCAAGUACUGUAAAACACACCUGUAAUUACUGUCAUCCUUGCCAUGCAUUAAAAGACUUGUUCCCAGUGUUUUCAUUGUAAAUCAUUCUGAGGGCAUGUAUGUGUGUCGUGAUAGUGCUGCAAUCUGAAGCAGUGCCCAAAGCUGGAGGUCAGUUUCAGUGGCUACAACCUUUCAGCUCUGUUGGUCACAGCGUAAACAUUAUCUUACAGUCAGAUUUCUGAGGCUUGAAGUGAAAAGAAAGCUGUUUGUUUUUAUGCUUCCCCAAUCUUGCACAUGCUUUAUUUUAGUUUUAUUUUAUUUUUGUGCAAUUGCAAGUGAUUCCUGAUUUUCUUUUUUUUUUCUGUGUUGUUUUUGUGUAGCACCAACAGUCGAUUUUCUGUCGUGAUUAGAGAGGUGUGGUGAAACAGUUCUUCACAAUCAGUUUGCAUGAGAACAGUCUACACUGCUUGUCUAUGUGUUGCAUUUUAAAAGAAAAUUUAAUAGAAUGAAAACAAAAUCCAAGGCAGAGCAGGGCCAGCCUUAGCCAGAUGGUCAGACUAUGACCAAAUAUUUUUUUCUUUGCUCCUUUUGUUUGUUUGCUACUUUGUGGUUUUGCCUCAUGAGACCCUAACCAAUUAGCAAAAGAUGGUUAAAGAUCCCUAACGUUCAUUAUAAUGUUGGGAUGCGUGAUAACUGCGUAAAGGGAAGGAAACUAAUGUUAAUGGAUGAUAUACUGAUUCAUUAUGUACGCUUUCUAUCAUUCAGAUGAUUGCAUGAGGCUGAUAUUGCAAAUGUAUAGAUGUCUAAGUGCAUCCAUACAGGUCAAAACCAGUUGCUAAGCACUAACGUAUAAGACCACUGAUGUAAAAGCCAUGGAGCUCUGUUUUGUCUAUGAAGCAGAAAGAAAUUAGAUCUGUCUUUUUGUUGCUCAUACAUAGUAUCUUCCAGCCCAUGUGGACACAGAACCGACUCCUGCAGACCAGCAUGGAGAACAGUUAAAAACUACUGGUAAAACUCCCGCUUCAGUGUACAAAUCUGGCUUAUGUGUGUGUGCCGUGUGAUUCCCAUGAUUCUGUUCAAGAUGAUAAACCCGAGCUGAAGUUACGGUAUAUCCAUGUGAGGCACGAGAUACAUGAAGUGUUGGCUCAGCAACUAACUUUUACUAUUCUCCCUUUAGAUAUGGUUACAGCGGUAACCCUCUGUUUUUAAGUUUAGAUUCUACUUUUGUUCCUUCUCUGUGUGUAUACACAGAAUUAUGUUUCUAUUGUAGAAUGUAAAGUCAACACUUCCAUAAGAUCAUGUUUGUACAACUCUACAAUUUGGCAAUUUUGGCAGUUUGUACUUCCCUUCCCUUUGUCAUGGGAAACUGAGAUUCAGUUGUGGAUUAUGAUGCACAAAUGUCCCCUGUUGUCUAUUUUACUUUAUUAUAGCAUAAAGUAAUUACAGUUUGUUUCUAAAAAAAAAGAUUUUAAAAAAGAGAGAAAUGUAUUAAAGGUAUAUGAGAAAAUGUUAACUAAAUAAAGAUGUUUGAAUUCGGUGUUCUAUAUUUGAAUGUGACGAGAUGUUGGGGAAAGUAUCCUCUUUAUUCCUUUUCUUUUUAUUUACAUUUUUUUGGAAAUAGCUCAGAACACACAGAAUCUUAAUGGUACUGUUGUGCUGAUCACCGUGUAACAUGCAAAUAAAAUAAUCUAUGUAUUGUUA